UGGCCGGCGCUCGACGUGUCGCGGCGCGGCACCAUGUAGUGGCGUCCUAAGUGGCGAUCGUUGAGUGAAGUGAGUGCUUGUGUUUGGAACUUCAAAACCACCAAGGCAGCUUCUCAGUGACAUUUAGGCCGCUACAGAGGGACUGGCGCGGUGACCUGAGGGCGGGGGCAUCGGGGGCGGCGCCAUGUUGUGCGUCGAAGAAUGUACGUCAUUUACAGUUGUUGUAUUCAUGUUGUAUUGUUACAGGCCGCUACAGAGGGACUGGCGCGGUGACCUGAGGGCGGGGGCAUCGGGGGCGGCGCCAUGUUGUGCGUCGAAGAAUGUACGUCAUUUUCCCUGCCGAAGAUUUAGUGGAAUUGACGUUGUCCCGACCACCGGUAGACCAGAGUCAUCAGAACAGCCGCCGAGGAUCGCCGUCUUGUCCGACACCAGGUGGCCCGCCUUCUCCAAGUAGAUCCCCCAAAAUCCCCCCUAAGCCCAAGAAGGAUAAGAACAGUUCGCAGUCGCAGAAGAAGUUCCUCCAGAAGCAGGAGCAGUACGACAGAAACGUAAAGAUGGCGGCUGCUGGUGAGGGAACACUGAGAGACCUGUCACAUCCUUCUCUCAACGAUCAGUUGAAGAACCACAACGCCGUCACGUUCAAACUCGUCCGAACAGUGUCUGACUUCACACAAGAGCUAUCGCAGAUGUAUGAACAACACGCGGAAGAACUGCAGCUAUUGGUCGCUAACUUUAGGAAGAAAAACGCAGAACUUAGGAAAGAACGUCCGGCCUGUCCCAGUUCACUAUUUCACACCUGGGAGACCCUGCUACAAGAGGUGGAGGUAGACUCCCAGGCUCACAGCGACAUCGCCUCUGUGUUCGGCCGUCAGGUUUCUCGACCCCUCCUAGAGCGAUCCUUCCACCGCAAGGUCCAGGCGAGGAAGGUCUUCGCCCACCGGGAGUCGUUUGAGCUUGUAGUCAACAAAGCUGAAGAGAAACUAGCCAAGGCUCGUCAGGACUACAAGGCGUCGUACCUGGGCCACAUGGCGUCACCCUCCAACACCGCUACCUUGGCCGCCUAUCUCGACGCGCACAAUAACUACGUCACACAGCUUCACGCCACCAACGGCAUGGUCGACACCUACAGCCAAGAGACGCUACCAUUGCUGCUGCAGGAGCUAGAAGAGGUGUACUCGGAUCUGUGCACGACGCUAUCCGACUCACUACAACAGGGAGCUGAAGUUAUAUCCAGCAGGGCGACGGAGCAGUCAAGACGCUACGAAGUUCUGUCCAAUCAGUGCAGAGCAGUUUCCCCCACUACGGAUCUAGCACAUUUCGUGAGGUCCCUAGCUCCCCUACCUCCCCAGGCCCAUCCCUCUCACCGUCUGAGAGUCUUCACUCCCCCUCAACCUCCCCAGCAAGACACUCAGGCCGACCCUUCGAUGGCCGACGGACCACCAAUCAAUGACCUAAACGCACCAGCGCCUCUGAAGAACGAGGUGGUGGUAGAUAGGUUAGCCUCCAUCCAGGUGAGGUCGAGGUACGAGGCUCUGAGAGUGGAGGCGGUGGAGCUGGAGACACAGAUCAAGCAGCUGCAAGACGCCUUGGACACCAUGGUCAGGAUACAGCAGAGGAGUUUGGAGUCUCAGCUGUACAACAAGGUGAACGAGCUACAAGAAGACAUCAGCAUAAAGAGGUUCGACCUGCGGACAGCACAGAUACACCUCGCGGCAGUCAGAGCACAGAAAGAACUGUUUGCGUCCAAACUCGACUCGGCGGAAGGCGCGAGUGGUAGGGACCGGAAAAUGUCUUCGUCCUCGACCGGAAGUAUGAAGUCGAAAUGGUUGAAAGCUUUUAAAAGCUUAAAAACCACGAGUGGUCCGUCCAAUGGAACCUCGCCUAAGGAGGGAGAAAAAAAGAACCAAAUGUACCACGCGGUUUCCACCAUCAUUGCGAUGAGGAAAAACGGAAGAGAUAGUGGACUAAACCUAGGAUUAGAGUCUGCAGCACACCAGUUCCAGGAGUACACUUACAAGAAAAUAACCCCUUGUGACGUGUGCUCUCAAGUUUUAAGAGGACACACAAGACAAGGCUUGAAGUGUAGAGUGUGCAAACUGAAUGUUCAUCUAGACUGUCAGGAAAAGGUUGGGCGUUGUCAAGCCAAAUCCAGGCUGUUACGACGGCAGAAGUCCACAUCAGAGAUUGAAACCAGAGUCACACCUGCGCAGGAGGAAGAAGCUGUUACGCUGGUGGCCAAUAGACCAGGAAGGUCCUCGGUCAGUCCAGCGGGGGUAACCCAGGGGGGCUCCCCCUCCACUCGUAGCGUCACGUGGAAAAACCCCCCUUCCAGGAGUUUAGCUUCUUCAGAACAAGCAUCUCCCGGCGAAGUGGACGCCGUGUACCAGGUGCUCAAACAGGCUACGGAGAUAUCUUCGACUCGUAACCCCCCCGCCCGGCGGGUCCAACAGGGGCCCCCGCUCAUGCUACGGGGCGCCUCCACCCUCACUGUGGGGCCCACCCCCCACGCUUCCAGCUCAGUGAGACACUAUUUAAGAUAUUCAGGUUCGACGAUAUCUGGGACAUACAGCAGUGCCACGACACCAACGGAGCCCCAAAUGAACUCUCCUAUCAUACAGACUGCCCCUCACAGUCCACGGAGGCAGAAGUUGAAUCUCCGCAUGAAAAGUCUGUCUCUUGACUCCCCCGAGAGUAGUGAGGUGGUACAGAGGCGCCGCGGGGGCCCCCCACCAUCAGCAUCGGCCAAUGGGGGCCCUACCUCCAGCCACUCGUCAUCAUCUCGCUUACAAUCUCCGUCCAGUCCAGUCCACAAUCGGAGACUGCUGUCAGCUCGUAAUAUGAGGAUGAGCAGUGUAGAACUACCAGACGACAAUGAGAAAUCAUUAUCAUCAGCAAGUACAUCGCCUUGCCCGUCACCGAAGCCACAUCGUCUGUUGCCGACCAACUUGUACGUCGUGUUAUACAACUUCAAGUCUCGGCAUGCAGAUGAACUUGAUCUCAAAGCCGGUUACAAAGUAACAGUUAUAGACACGUCAGACCAGGAUUGGUGGAAAGGCAAGUGUCUGGGCAGGAUUGGUUACUUUCCCUCCAAAUAUGUGACCAAGCUGGGCGUAGGUGAGAAGCCACUUCAGGUCACGCACAACCUGCAAGUCUCCGAUGGUGACAACGGACUGACGUUACUCAGGGAUCAGAUUGUGAUUCAAAUCGGGGAGGAGCUGGACGGAAUGGUGGUGAUCAGGAACGGAGACAACCGCCAAGGUGUAUGUCCACUCAAGUUUCUACAGGAGGUGUGACAGCGGCACUCCUUGGACAAGGUGCAGUUUGAGGGGCCGACGUUCUACCCUCCGAAACAACCCUCCACGUCUCAGUUCAACUCCUCCACCCUGGUGACGCUGCAGUGUCAACUGAGCAAGGAAGAUGGCUACAUGACAAGAGGAUUCCUCACCAGGAGAAAACUGGCCUCGUACCCACAAGCCAGGCGUGACCAGUACAAGACUGCUCCGGACCUGGUCCGAUCCAGCAUGUCUUGUGACGGGAUACUGUACGGGUCCGAACACGAGGGGAAAGAAAAUAUCUUGGUAAGGGAUAAAGUGAACCAAGCUGACAAAACGCCAGAUGUUCUGAGGUUUGGGAACAACACUAUAAAUGCCGAUAAUCAGAAAAUACUGAGGCGUAAAAGUCUGGCUAGAAAUUUGAUCCCUAUAUCAUCCUCGACAAGACCACUGGGCUUACCGUCUUCGUGCUCCCCAUCGCACUAUCAAAGGAAACUAUCCCGAUUCCGCUACCGUAACAUAAAAAAUAUCACUUCUCUCUCCCGACCUCUAUUGAUUGGUUGAAUCGAUCCGCGACACUCGAUGUGUACUUUGAUAUUUUAACAAGAUUGUGAUCUAAGACAGGUUGAUAAUGUUGCCUUUAACGAAUAAGUUGUUUACACGUUACUGGAUGCUACAUUAAAAUAUAUAGCUCAGUUUUAUUUUUUAUACGACUAUUAAUUUAAUCAAAAUAUACCUAUUGCAGUUCGAUACCUUGAGGAAUUUACUAAAAUAGACUAUUUUACUUCAGAGAAAAUAACUUUAGCCACUUCCAUGAAGUGAUUCAUCGACGCAGUACAUUUUAUAUAUGAAUAUUCCUGCUAAUAUUUUAAAUAUCAAUUUGUUUUUAAUAACAGAAAAGUUAGCAUUUAUUUACUAUAGUUUUAUUGAUUACCUGUAUAGGAUUUAAGUACUUAGAUACAGUUAAAAUGACUAUCUUUAAAGUUUUGAACACAUAAGCGUUUGAUUCCAACUGGUUGCUUUGUAUAAUUCAAUAAUCACAAUGUUCAAACAGGAAUUGAAUACUUUACCUUUGAACUACUUUAAAAAGUGUUUUACACCUACUGCAUUCCAAUAGAACAGCAGGUAAAUUGUACAUUUGAAUUUUUAGGGUAACUUUAAGACAAUUUUGGAUUAAUUAAUAGCUUAUUCAAACGAAAUAGAGAUUUAUACUACUUCAGAGCUCAAUCUUCUCAAUAAGUGGUUACGGUAUAUGAUCAUAAUUAUCUAACUGACUUUGCCUAUCUCUUAUUAUAUACUUAUAAAUAAGAGUAUCAUACUAUUUUUGAAAGAGUGAUUUUUUAUUACGUCAAGUUAGACUUGAAAUUUACAAUAAUUUUUUGGGUCAUAAUUACAAAUUAUUGUCAUAAUAAAACAUCAAAUCUCAAUAAAACGGAAUUUUAUUUUCUUAUUCAGUAAUCUUACUUUCUGCUGCUAACUUAAUAAACUUAAUACUGAAGUAGACACUUAACACUAAUACUUAACACUAAUACCGAAACCCUGGUCUGACAAGCCCACGGGAAUUUUCACGAACGUAUUAUGGCAACACUGUUUACUUGGGAGAUUCCAUUCCCCCAAUACCUUCCCCCCUUUUCCUCCCCUACCAAUUGAUAUACUGUUUGUUCAUUUUGCAUGGGUGCCGUGACCUUGACAGGAUGUCUUUUCAUAACAUGCCCGUCUCAGACGCCCAGCGUUAGUGUAUUUUAAAGCGGGGUCUCACAGGCCGAAGGUUUCGGUUUGUGUGUAUGUAAGCGGGGUCCAUUAUUUUUCAAAUGGGGUCUCACAGACCGGGGGUUUCGGUUAACGUCAGCCUAGGUAGGGUUUCGGUAUUAGUGUUAAAUAAAAUAAAAAAAAAUAAAUUUUGUACUCAAAUAUAACAGUGGAAUGAGCCUGUCAAAUUGCUACUGCUAACUGCUGUAUAAGAAAUAAACAGUAAUUCAUAGCUGAACACAUUGUCAUGUGUCAAUGGUUAAGCUCUUUGCUUUCCAACCAAGCUACAACUCAAAUAGGUAACUGUAACGUUUACUUCACAAUAUUUGAAAGCUUGAAAUUAUAAAAAAUCCACAACAACUGCAUGUUUCAAAAUGUAUCACAAAACUCAAAAUUUAUAACAGAAUGUAUGAAAAGAUUCUCAAUUGACAAUCAGUUUCCAAAAUAAAAUACAAAGUUUGAAUUGCACUCCAACCAAAUUUCAGAUAAGUUAUAAAAUCACCAAACCAUAUUCAAAAAUGGUACAGAUCUUAAAUCGGAGAAACUUGAAAGCACGCAAUGAUGACAACUUAAUGUUAAGAUUGAUUUUUCUCUGUUGUGCAAUACUUGUUGCGUGUCUACAAGAUUAUCUUUGACUGUCAUCUAGUCAAGACCCUUUAGAGUAGAAGAAGACCACACGGUGACAUAGUCUCAGACCAAUUUUAAAUAUUCAUUUGCCAUAAAUAUAUUUGAUUAAAAUCAUCGAAAUAUUAGUUUGAAGUAUAUAACCUAGUAAAGAGAACAGUUUUAAUGUUAUUGAACUUUUGUUCAUCUCUUCAGCACUGUAUAAUAUAAUACCACUAUUUACAAUCAUUUUACAGUUGAUUAUGUUCAGAUGUAUAUUAGGAUUUGAAAGUGUUUUAUAAUGAAAAUAUGUAAGAGCAGAAUAAAAUUUAGUUAGAACCGACUACUCGAUACUUUCAUAAGAGUUUUCAAAGAUUAAAACUGCUUAGUGAUUUGAAUUAAGGUCAGUAUCAUUGAUAAAACUUUAUCAGAGAACAAAACGUCAAUUUUUUAAAAGGCCAAUUCUUUAUGCUACCAAAGUGUGUUUGGAAACAGACAUUAAUUUUGUUUACAGUCGGUAUCAUAAAGAUGAUAUAUCUGUAUAAAACUAUUUAAAUUUUUUUUUCUAAUGAGAAAGAAAUAAGUGAAAUUUAUUUUAUACUAUAAUUAUGUUCAUGUUUACAAAAACCGAGAAGUAAGAUAGAGAGGAAACAUUCAAUGGUACACUUAAGUGGUGUCUAGAGCAAUUCAGUUUAGUAACUUUACUUCAAGAGUAAUACCGCUUUUCCGCUCGAAACUUUUGACUUUAAAACUCGAAUAACAACUUAUUUGGAUGCAAAUCAAAAUCAUACAUUAGACUUGAAUUCCAAACAGUAACUGUUCAUCUUAACAAAACAUUUUCAUUUGAACUGAGACUCUAUGCUUAAGAACAUACAUUAGUUGUAUUGUCCAUACGUAUGUACUUUAUAUUAUAAUGUUCCUUAUUUUGUAAGUUAUUGUAGAGGUUAUUAGAUAAUUUAUCAUCAGAGAUUUGCACAGGUUUACUGAUUACUCUGUAAUAAACAGAGACAUUUGAAGAUGUAAUUGUACUGCACUUUCUCUAUGUUUUAUUGUUACAUAAAGUAUCUAUAUUGCUUGAGAUAUGGUAGUUACUUUACAAGAUAAGAAUAUCCUUGUUCCAAAGUGUGUUUGGUAAUUUACAUUUUACAGACAUUAAUUUCGUUUACAGUCGGUAUCAGAAAGAUGGCAUAUCUGUAUUAAACUAUUUUAAUUUUUUAUGCAAUGAGAAAGAAAUAAGUGAAAUUUAUUUUAUAAUAAUAUGUUCAUGUUUACAAAAACCACAGAGAAGUAAGAUACAGAGGAAACAUUCAAUGGUACACUUAGGUAUGUCUAGUACCAUUUGUGUUGGUUUCUAGAGCAAAUUAUAUUCGUCCUCCUCUUCUGCUUUCCUUUCACCCCUUCCCCAUCACGUACUUACUACAGCUAUCACGCGGUAGGAAGACCCUGUGCGCUUCAACAGCUGUACAAAUAUACUAUUAGGCCAUCACCGUUCGGGCUCUUCCUAGCUCAGUACUAGUACAUUUCUCCCCAACCAUACCAGAGCUAAAAGCGCACAGUUGUCCCAUAAGCUUGUAUCCUCUGAAUUUUACUUCCCUGUGCAAAAACUAAAAAAUUGGUAGCAUUGCCAAAAGAGGGGUUUGGGUUACUACAAACUACAAAAUAUCAUAACCAUAAAAUAAAGUGUUUCCUUAUUUUAAUAACAAAGUUUUAAUACAGUGAACACUUGAAAGUCUGAAUGAGAUUAAAUAAAUCUAAUACUGUAGUGAAAAAAUAUUGUUGGCGAGGCCAAAAUCCACUUGGACAUUGUGGCCACAGGAGUAAGAGUAAGAAAUAGUAUAGAAAAUCUGUAGUAUCACACACUAUUUGAGUACCGUACUUCUUCAUGUGAUGAAACAAAUUGUACAGAAAAAAUGUGAAUAGUGUACUGAACCAAAAACAAUAGUAGUAAAUUUAUCAACAUUUCAUAAUAAAUAUUGCCGCAUUCCUAUCUUAGCUGUAUAAAAUAUUUAAAACCACAAUCAAAUGGCUAACCCUACUAAGGAAAAUUUUUAGUAACAGGGUGGGGAUUAAUAAGGGUUUACUGUCGGUAAACCUGUUUGUAAUGCCUUGACUACAUUUUCAAUGCUCUUUUUACUCAUCAUCCUAAACUUUCUGAGGUAAACCUCCCUAAGUGUAAUUCAUACCCCCAACGGUAUUCCCCUAAAUUCUAUGUACUGUAAUCCCCUUUUAACACAGUUUUGGCAAUGCUUCUGAUACAUAGAGUAACAAUAAUUACCAAAGAACGUUUAAACAAAACAGAAAACCUGAGACAAAACCAAGUUUGACUGUAAAUACUACUUCUCAGCAAUAUAGAAGCUAGUGACAUGAAGGACCCAGAGGUUAUAAAACCUCAGCUUCUUCUGUCACUAGCAUCUCACUACAUGGGAUCAACAGUGUAAUUGUUUAAGAAUGAGCUUUAAUGUCCCUUUUGUGAGGCAAUGAAAUGCAAAUGGUGCACUCAUGUAUUCCAAUAGUUAAACUUACUAGACUAUUGUAAUGUAAAUUAUUUAAAUUGAUCUAUGAAAUUGUUAUUAUUAUUUGAAGUAUCAAAUUAUAAUUACUGUUAGCAAAUGAAAAUAUGGAAUUAAAUGUUUCAGAAUUA